CUUGCGGAUGGACAAGCGUCUCUAGGUGCUGUGUAUAAUCAGAUAGAUUUGUUUUUUGUCCAGUUACUUCCUGCGGCAGUUACAGUUGUAGAGCCUUCAGAGCCUCCAGCUACCGUGUAACAUUGAUUCGCGUGAUCGGACACUUACAGGAUCAAAGGAGAGGACAGGUAAUAAAGGGGAAGUGAAAAGUACACGCUGCUUUACCUGGAAUCAGCACUGUCCCUGAUCUUUAUUCCCAACAUCCCGACCUUUUGACCAUGGCGCCCAAUGUCCUCGACGAUAGAGGCCUUGCUCGGAAGCGAAUGUGAGUCCCUCUUCACGGUGCCUAGAUGCGUGAUGUCACCUUCUCACAGAACUCCCUCUGUUUUCCAGCGAUGACUGGCCGGACCACAGCGAGCUUUACAGGCCUUCACUACCGUCUACAUGUGGUCCGUAUUCCGGCUCGGUUCGUUGGGUGCACGAAGGUUCGGAUAACAUGACUGGAACGUCAGAGGGGGGAUGCCAUAGUCAAGGAAAUGAGACAGUAUAUGGGCGGAAUCGAAAAGAAUUCUUCCUGGAUUUCAGCAACCACUCAACGUCCAAAUCUCCCCUUGAACCGGGUUACGAAUCCGAUUUUCAUGCACAUCUUCCUCGCGGUCAACGUCGAAAUUCAUUCUCGCGAAGCUCCAGUCGCAAUAGCGGGUGUUCGAAUUCCUCAUCCGAGAUCAUUGUCCCAACUUACACCCUCCAGCCUGCAAGAUUCGACCCUCCUUCACGCUCAUUAUCGCCUCAUCAGUAUACAAACGCUUCCAGCAGUUCCCAUGAUUGCACUUCGUCAUCUGUCGACUACAGGAACGUGAUAUCACGCGCGAACAGUCCCCAUUGUCCACUCUCUGGAUCGAGUCAUACAUCCUUCCCUCUUCCCAAGUCGAGCUUUCCUCAGGGCUACAAUACUUCCUUUGAAAGAGGGACUCGCCACUCACACGCAGAUGGAGAAGCUCAAGAACGUUGCAAGAAAGACGUUUGCUCUCCGCCCUUCAGUUUCAGCUUUCACCAAUUUCCUUCACCGCCAACCUACCCCCACCAAAUACCUCCCGUUCCACUGGCUUUAAGCCCAAAAGCUCGAGGAAAACAACGCGAAAUCGAUCCUGGCGACGAUACUGGUUACGAGAGUAGUGCUGCAGCAUUUGAACUGGCUGACCUUUGCUUGGAAAGUAACUUCGAUCACCCUCCUUACGGCACUGUAUCGUCCACAUACGAGGAAAUGGGCUUCUUGGAAUCUCCACCGGGGACAGCUCGUUCCGUCAGUUUCAAUUCACAGGCUUUCCAGAAUAGUAGUCAUGCACGACAAUUCAACUACAUUACGACGCAAGCAGCGUCACAUCCUCCACUGCCACGUAAUCCAGUAGUGCUCCCGGGCGGCUUCAUCCCGGGGCGGAACCCUCGCGGCAGGCCUAGAUCUACCAUGAUGAAGGAUGACGGUGAGGAGGAGGAGAAUGGUCUUCGAGAAAGUCGUAAAUCGAUUAAAAGUGCAAUCAAGAGACCUGCUCGAGAAUCGGAUGACGAUCCAGACGAGGACUGGGAACCUGAGGCAAGCUCGCCCCCAAGAGCCGAUGGUCUCCAAGAUGACCCUGCGGUAAAGAAGAAGCGAAAGACAAAUCGUUAUCCUUGUCCCAUUGGUGGGUGCAAGGAGACAUUCACCAGGAAGAAUGAUGUUCGCCGUCAUAUUCAGAAUGCAGCCGUGCAUCGUGGCUCGGUAGAAGCAAUUCAAUGGCAGAGUAAGGCCGGGACGAGAUGUACACUAUGCAAUGCAGAUCUCUCGCGUUCCGAUGCUCGUAUGCGACACGAACGCACUAGUGCUUGCGGCAAGCGUACAACCCAAAAAAUGAAGGACCAGAUGAUUGUAAUGAGAGUUUGAAAGGCAGGUCUCUUUUUCUUGUGGAUUCUUGUAGGAGUCAGGUAUACCUAAGCGUAGCUGUUGUAUCAUCGACCAAGACCUCCGGCCCUGCACCCUCUGCUCAUAUGAACGCGGGACCUUGAGCCGUCCCUUCUAAGGGAAAAAGAUACAUUUUCGGCGGGAAGUUGAUUUUAAACUAUUCAAGGCUCUCCGUUCUUCCUAUCAAUGCGUCUUAGGGUCAGGAUUAUAGGAUCACAGGACUCGCCACCGAAUAACGUUUGGGCGCCCAAGGCACGGGCAGUAUAAAUUAUGUUGUGUGGCGUUUGUUUACGUCGAGUCAUUCCGUUCUUCCGCCGUUUCACCCUUUCGGUCCUUCACUAUGAAAUCAUAGAAGACCCCUAUACCAUUGGUCAAUAUCACCGGCCAUAAAAGUACGAGGCAGAAAGGAUGGUGGACGGCACAUGUUUACAGCGCUCGAAAGCUACCCGCGGCCCAAGCAUAACUGUUGAUUGUUACUCUUGUCGGUACAUUUGUUGACGUUUCAGGAGACGGGAAGCAAGGAGGAUUGAAAAGCAAUAAGAGUCCGAUCGUCAGUUGAUUGUCAGGUUUCCAAGAACACGAGGAAUUGAUUGAGAAUAUUCUUCGUAAUUGCGUUUAUCGCCAGUCGACGUGGGUGACCGUCUCACGCGGACCAGAAGAUUAAGAUUACCGUGCAACCC